AAAAAAAACAUCAAACGCCACGUUGUCAGCAGGAGAUUUGGAAAGGAAUCAGAGCUUCAAGAGCUUUUCCUUGUGCCAGGUUGUCUGGCUGGGUGUGAGAGCUGGGAGGACGGCAGUUGGUGCUUCUGAGAGGUCAGAGGAGCAGCUAAAAGGGGGUUUUGGAGGCUGAUGGGGACUUGAACAGCUGUGGAACCUCUCAAGGGACGGGAACGAAGGGGAGAACCCAUGGAUGCUUUUUACUCCUCCGCGGAAGGAGACGGGCAGGAUGUGAUCAAUGACACCAGUGGUAAGAAGAGCUGGGCAGAGGAAGGCAACUCCAAGUUGUCCUUCCGUGUGGUGACAGCUACUUUGCUUUUCCUCCUCAUCCUCUCCACGCUCCUGGGCAACACCCUGGUGUGUGUGGCUGUGGUCAAGUUCAGACACCUGCGCUCUAAGGUCACCAAUUUCUUCGUUAUCUCCUUGGCGGUGUCCGACCUCUUUGUGGCCGUCCUGGUGAUGCCCUGGAAGGCUGCCACCGAGGUGGUGGGGUUCUGGCCCUUUGGGGCUUUCUGUGACGUUUGGGUGGCUUUCGAUAUCAUGUGCUCCACAGCUUCUAUCCUCAACUUGUGCAUCAUCAGCAUGGACCGGUACUGGGCCAUUUCCAACCCCUUCCGCUACGAGAGGAAGAUGACCCAGCGCGUGGCUUUCAUCAUGAUCGGGGUGGCUUGGUUACUGUCCCUCUUGAUUUCCUUCAUCCCCGUGCAGCUGAAGUGGCACAAGGAUCGUGAGCUCUUUAGCCAAGAGGAGCCAGGUUUUAAUGUCACCUGGGAGGAGGAGAACUGUGAUUCCAGCCUCAACAGGACUUACGCCAUCUCAUCUUCCCUCAUUAGCUUUUACAUCCCCGUUGCCAUCAUGAUUGUGACCUACACCCGCAUCUUCCGCAUUGCCCAGCGGCAGAUCCGCAGGAUCUCCUCCCUGGAGAGGGCGGUGGAACAUGCCCAAAACUGCCACGGCAGUGACUGCCCUCAUGAGGCCUCCCUGAAGAACUCCUUCAAGAGGGAGACCAAGGUCCUCAAGACCCUCUCCAUCAUCAUGGGUGUCUUUGUCUUCUGCUGGCUGCCCUUCUUUGUGCUCAACUGCAUGGUGCCCUUCUGUAACCUUGACCUCCACCAGCCAGGGGAGCUACCUUGCGUCAGUGAGACUGUCUUCAACAUCUUUGUCUGGUUUGGGUGGGCCAACUCUUCCCUCAAUCCGAUCAUUUAUGCCUUCAAUGCAGAUUUCCGGAGAGCUUUUGCCACCAUCUUGGGCUGUGGUUGCCUUUGCCCCAACAAUGCAGUGGAGACGGUGAACUUCAGCAACGAGCUGGUCUCCUACCACCACGACACCACCUACCAGAAGGAAGUGGUGACCCUCAGCUACCCCCAGCUUCUCCCCCACGCUGCUCUGCAGAUGGAAAGCCACGAGGUGGCCUUUGAGAAGGUUUCUCAGGUCUCCGAGCCCUCUCACAACACCUUUCCUGCGGUGAUGCACGUGGAGUGCGACGCGGCAGUUUCGCUGGAGAAGAUCACACCUUUCACCAGCAACGCCUUCGAUUGAGAACAGGGUUGGGAAAAGGGUGGUGGGAUGGUCUUGGGGAAGGAUGGAAGCAGGGACACCAUUGCAGUUGCCUAUUUUCUGAGGAGUUUACAUGGAUAUUGUACUCUGGGCAGUGGUUUGCGUUAGUAAGUGUGGAAAGGUCAGAGUGACUUCCCAGAUGGCUCAGGGGGUUCAGAUGUGUGGGUUUUGUAGCUCGGAUUCAGACCCAACCUGGG